CAACCAAAACAGGGGGCACCAGCGGCUUGUCAACAACAGCGCGAGAAGGAACCAGCGAAAUUAAUCAGCUUUUCGAUCAAAAAUCCGAAGACAACCAGAUCAGCGCCCACCUGUCCGGUAGACAGGCCGCCUCAAUGCAUCACAGAGGACCGAGAGCACCGAGGGCAUCAUGGAUGUGCACGACCUGUUUAGCAGCUGCAGAAAGGGCGACGUUUGUAGAGUUCGAUACCUUGUUGAACAAAGAGAUGUGGAUCUCAAUGUAAGAGAUAAGUGGGACAGUACUCCUUUAUAUUACGCCUGCCUCUGUGGUCACGAGGAGCUGGUCCAGUACCUGUUGGCUAGUGGUGCCAAGUGUGAAGCCAACACGUUCGAUGGUGAGCGCUGCAUGUACGGCUCCCUUAACGACUCCGUCCGCCGGCUGCUCAAGGACUAUAAGUGUGUCAGUGUUCGUGCCAUGCAGCGGGAUGACUUUAACUACUUCCUGCACAUGCUGCUGGAGCAGGGUCAACACAGUGACAUCCAGUUUCUGGUUCACGGCCAAACAUUUCAAGCGCACCGGUGUGUUCUCAGCGCACGCUCCGAGUACUUCACCGAAAUGUUUGAGGCCAAGUGGAAGUGGAAGACCUUGAUCACCCUCAAACACCCUCUGAUUAAUCCUGCAGCUUUUGGAGCCAUCCUGCAAUAUUUCUACACAGGACGGAUGGAUAUUGACGUGAGCCUGGUGGAGGACUGCAGACGCCUCGCUAAACAGUGCAAGAUGGCAGAUCUCAUAGAAGAGCUGGAGAAUAAAUGCAAACACGUGUAUGAAUUUGUCUCCAACAAACCAGGAAUCUGUGUGAAAGUUCUCAGCCUGGAGUCUGAGAGUUGUCAGCUUCAGGAGGAGAUGGCUCAGUUGGCCGACUGUGCCCUGCCCACUGAACUGAGAGUCGGAUUUGGGGAACUUCCCUUUAACAGAGUUAACUGCUUUCCAACUUAUCCCGACAUCUGCUUUAGAAUCGACGGCUACAACUUCUUGUGUCAUAAGGCUUUCUUCUGUGGACGCAGCGACUACUUUAAGGCCUUGCUGGAGGAUCACUUCAGUGAAGGAGAGCAGCUGCAGUCGCAGCCCAGCACUCCAGUUAUUACCUUACAUAACAUUUCCUAUGAAAUCUUCAUCCACAUCAUGUAUUACAUCUACACUGACUGCACAGAGCUCAUAAUGGAGAACGUGUUUGACGUGCUGUGUGUGGCUGACAUGUACCUGCUGCCGGGGCUGAAGCGCCUGUGUGGGAAGACGCUCGCUAAGACCAUAUGCGAAGACAACGUCCUACACAUGUGGAAGACGGCCAAGCUCUUCCGCCUUUCUCGGCUGGAGGAUCUGUGCACUGAGUUCAUGGCCAAGAUCAUUGAGCGGCUGGUGGAGCACGUGGAGUUCGCUGAGAUGAUCAAGGAGGAUGCUGCGUCGCUGGAGGAGCGACAGGAGACCGACUCCGUGCCCCUGGUGGACGACAUCCGCUACCACAUCACCAGCAACGUGCAGACGUACAGCGCCAUUGAAGAGGCCAACCAGAAGCUGGAGGCCCUGGAGGAGCUGCUGUCCAGCAUCAACAUCGACUGCUGAGGACUCAGCGGCUCGUGGUUUGUAGUUACGGAGGAGUUGGAAGAUACAAAACUGCAGUUAUCUGUUAAGAGUUGAAAUAAAAAACAUACCAUUCUGUAUGUUUGAGUUUUUAUGAGCGUAUAAUAUACAGAAAAUAUAUAUUUUGAAAGCAAUUCUGUUGUCAGAGGCAAAGAGCUGCUGAUGUUCUGUGUUUGAUUGAGAUGAAACUAUCCGGUGCCUCUGUUGAUAAACGUCUCCAACGUGUGUUGAGGAAAUUGUGCAUUAUACAGAAUUUAUUUGCAUCGCAAAUGCAUCUGU